CUUCUUAGGGAUUGGAAGGGGUGACUUCCGCCUUGCUGAAGAAAGUUGAGGUAGGGAGGUUUGUUGCCUUCUUGAUUUUGCAAAAUGGACAGCCAGGGGAGGAAAGUGGUGGUUUGUGACAAUGGAACUGGGUUUGUGAAGUGUGGUUAUGCAGGGUCCAACUUCCCAGAGCACAUUUUCCCUGCACUGGUGGGCAGGCCCAUUAUCCGCUCCACAGCUAAAGUGGGAAAUAUAGAAAUCAAGGAUCUAAUGGUUGGGGAUGAGGCCAGCGAGCUGCGCUCCAUGUUGGAGGUGAACUACCCCAUGGAGAACGGCAUUGUCAGGAACUGGGACGACAUGAAACACCUGUGGGACUAUACCUUUGGUCCCGAGAAGCUCAACAUUGACUCACGCAACUGCAAGAUCCUGCUCACCGAGCCACCGAUGAACCCCACCAAGAACAGGGAGAAGAUCAUCGAGGUGAUGUUUGAGACGUACCAGUUUACAGGGGUCUACAUUGCUAUCCAAGCUGUGCUAACCCUAUAUGCUCAAGGCCUAUUAACUGGUGUGGUGGUGGACUCGGGCGAUGGCGUCACCCACAUCUGCCCUGUGUACGAGGGCUUCAGCCUGCCCCAUCUGACACGACGCCUAGACAUUGCCGGGAGGGACAUCACCCGCUACCUCAUCAAGUUAUUGCUCCUGAGGGGCUAUGCCUUCAACCACUCGGCCGACUUUGAAACGGUGAGGAUGAUGAAGGAGAAUCUGUGCUACGUGGGCUACAACAUCGAGCAGGAGCAGAAGCUGGCCCUGGAGACCACCGUGCUGGUGGAGUCCUACACGCUGCCUGAUGGUAGGGUGAUCAAGGUGGGAGGUGAGAGGUUUGAGGCCCCUGAGGCUCUGUUCCAACCCCACCUCAUCAACGUGGAGGGGGUGGGGGUAGCAGAGCUUCUCUUCAACACCAUCCAGGCAGCAGACAUCGACACCAGGUCUGAGUUCUACAAACACAUUGUGUUGUCGGGGGGCUCCACCAUGUACCCCGGCCUGCCCUCUCGACUGGAGAGAGAGCUCAAGCAGCUCUACCUGGAGCGCGUGCUGAAAGGAGACGUCGAUAAGCUCUCGAAAUUUAAGAUCCGCAUCGAGGACCCUCCUCGGCGUAAACACAUGGUUUUCCUGGGAGGGGCUGUGCUUGCAGACAUCAUGAAGGACAAGGACAACUUCUGGCUCACCAGGGAGGAGUACCAAGAGAAGGGCGUACGAGUGCUUGAGAAACUCGGAGUCACCGUCAGAUAAAGCGUGCACACACACACACAUACACACAUAGACAGACACAAGUGUAACUAAUGAUGCUGGAGAAAUAAAAGAUUGAUUAUCAGAAUAAUUCUCAUUUACACACACUAUUGCAGAGUAUAUAUCUAUUUAUCUUCCUUCUCAUUUUUGCUGUAUUACACCAUCAUCAUUACACCUCUCCUUUCUUCUCUCCUCAUAUUCAUCCACCCCUCCCAGACUUUUACAUUGAUGUUCGGUGAAUCCUAUGGUGUGACUUGGGGCCAGGGUGUGCACUAAUAAAAAUGUUAAAAGCACAUGAUAGGUGAAGGCAAUAUGACAGGCGUGUUUAUGUGAUUAAUAACCUGUGGAUAGACUGCAAAUUUUAUUACGUAUAUUUGCUCACAGAGCUUAUACAGAUACACAUUAUCUGCUUACCCUGUGUUGUCAGACGUGUGUGAACAAAGACCUAGGGCCAUGGUGGACUAUUGGGAUGCCUGCCGUGAUAAAGAUGAUUUCUCUGUUUCCGUAGAAUAAUCUUAGGCCCAGUUUAAACACUUUAUAAGUGUGUCGUUCCUUCCCUCCCUGAGGCAAUCUCGUUAAAUUGGCAUGUAAACAGUCUUGUUCUGAUGUCUCAAAUCCAGACGUGUUAAAUUCGAUCCUUAAAAAAAAUAAAAAGCCCUCAAUCUGAGUUAGUAACGUAUAAAUCUAUGUUAGGUUGUGUGACAAUGACACAAACAGGUGAAGCUAGAUACCUGGUCCCAAAUCAACACAAGCCCCUACCCUGUACUUGUAAAAACAAUUAGGCAUAUUUUAAGGGUGAACAGAUAUAGUAUGUAUUGUUCUGACACGGUCUGAAGUGUCCAUCCACCACCUCCACUUCUUGAUCUCACAAGUGCUGAGGGGAGCAGGUGGUAAGAACAAGUUGUCAUGGGGUCAUCCCUACAGCUUACACCCUAGCUUACACCCUAUGGCUAGAGCUACAAAUCCCCUCAUUUCUUUCAGUUUUGAACCUAUUCCAUGAGGACUGAACAAGUUUGAAACAUUGUUUUAUAUGCAUCACAAUAACUUUUCUAUCUUGGGAGAGAGAUUUCUUUUGCUUAUUUUCUGUCAGAUGUAUUUGUUUUAUAUAGUUUUUUUUUUUAUAAACGUAUGUUAAUUUUAAAUGGAGUACACGCUCCUUGUUAUUAUGAAGAAAUUGUGAGAAUGAUGUAUUUAAGGGACUCCACUCCAAACCUUGAUUAGGGUAACGGUACAAAUGGUCAUUGAAGAUGGUUCCAAAUUGCCCGAUUUGUCGUCAGAGAUUGUACUUAGUCAUUGUCUUUCAAAUGGAACCUUAACACUGUUAAGUAUUUGAAUAAGAUCAUUGUUUUAAGUUUUGGCUUCAAGAACAGAAGUGGCUGUAGAUUUUUGGCCUUAUUGCUUAUCUUUUUUCCUGUCCGAUGUACAGAAGUGAAACAGGGUGAGUAGAGCAGUCUGGAACCAGGCCACAACAAGGGUAGAUCUGUUGUAUGUUACUGACUGAGAUAUUAUGGUCUUGGCCUUACAAUGAACAUUAUAUAUUUUGGAGCCACUUGUUUUUGUUGUUGUCAUGAAUGUUAAUUUUUUCCAUAUAAUUUGUUGAGUGCCAAGAGCGGUUAUUGUUAACUGAGUUUCUCAUGGUUGAAUAUGUUUAUGUUUGUCUUUUUUUCUUGUAUAGUACAUAGUAUAACUGUUUAACGCUGAUUUAAAUAAAAAUAAUUGAUUUAUAAAUA